GCUGAAAUUUCUAGUUUGCUGCGUUCCACAUUUUGACUGCUGUUCAAUUCCCCUAGGCAGCAAAAGAAGAGACACCAAUUGAAGACGGGGUGGAAAUGUUCUCAAAAAGCCUCUCUUUUUGGGGGUCCAAAAGUACCGCAGCUGGACGGCGUGUCAUGCCGCACGCUAGAAGUGAUCUUAGAAAAGGGAAACAGCGUUUUAGCCUCACAGAAGCUUUACGUCGUGAUCGCAUUCGUGUUGAACAGAACAAAGCACUGUCGUUUAAAGAUAGAAUCAGGAGCGUCAAGAUAUCUCAUUGUUUAUUUUUUGUAGCGUUUAUGGCAUUUUGGUCAUGGCUUGGUACUCAUGCAGUCCCUCGGCUAAAAGGUCUCACUCCUGGGAAUGAUUCUCAGUUUUCAAGUGAAGUGCGUAACUGAAUGACUAGUACUUCAAGUUCCCCAUGCUUAUGUGAAUGAAUCAACUUUCGUAUGAUUCCAGAAAGGAAAACACACUCUUCCAAUCAAAAUGUAUGCUUGUGAAUCUCAUAUCCGGUUAAUUUCAUUUCGCUCUCGAAGGGUUUUAUUAAGGGACUUGAGCCUAGAACUUCUUGUCAUCUCAUUUACUCAUUCUUGUUCUGAUCCUAUUUGAGUCUCUCUCAGGUGUCUAUUUUGGCUAUUUCAUUCCGUAUAUCUGCUUGUGAAGGAUGGACAGGGUGUUUGAAUGUCCUCUCUGAUCCUGUUGUUAGCAGUUUUCGUCGCAUUCAUGUAGGGAAUUAUUCUUGGUAUCUUAUUCAAUGUAAAAUGCUUUAUAGGCUAUUGAGCUUGCCCCAUGAACGUAUUGAUCAUAGCACGCUUAUGAUGCUUCCACUUCAUGGUUCAGUUAUCGGUACCUCUUUUAAUGGCAUUAGUCACCGCAGACAUCCGUUGCGGGUAUCCUUCCCUUACUCUUACAUUUAACAACAAAUAAAACUACUCUCAUAUCGUGCUUUAUGCGCCUCUCCUUCUGUUUUAAGUACUAUAUGUAAAUCCUGCACGAAUUUCAUUGGUUCUUCCAGCAGACAUGACACUCUAUAUAGCCGACGGUGGCGGAUAGCUCAUGCUGAGAAUAUUUGUCAAAGUCGAAGGGCAGCAAAACUAUAUGAGAUAGUUUCAAUGUAGCGUUGAUCGCGUAAGGGGCACACUUCGUAGCAAGCAUUUUUUCUCUUUGUAUCAGGCAUUUCCAUAGUGUGGACAUGCAUUUUAUUUUUCCUUUUA